CGUCGAUGAGUCGUGGGAUCGUGGGAUUCGCCACACACAGCUAAGCGCGUCGCCCAACAUAUCUAAGCAGUUCAGUUGUUGCUGUCUCUUUCGGUUGUUAAGGUAUUCAGUUAUUCAGCUAUUCAGUGCUGGGCUUGAGUAAUGAGCAUUGUCCGUCGACAUGUUCGCAGUGCCGUAAAGGCGUUCAAAUUAGCUGUAAAAUCUGGCCGCACGAUACAUUUCAUUUAAUAACAGUUCGGACUUGUCGUUUUUUCUUUCGAGAGUAUAAAAUGCACACACGAUGCCCACUGAGCCACAGUCAUUCGUCAACAUUAUUCCAGUGAACUCGUAUAAUCUGCACUGAACUCAGUUAAACUGAACUGAAACUGAAGAGCUACAAUCCUAGAAUCCUCAAAAUGCAUUCCAUUUCGACAAUCGCUUUGAUCGCUUCUCUUGUGCUGUGCGCCGCUGAUGUCUCUCAUUUGCCUCUCUCGCGUGGCUAUUUGCCACCGCUCAGUGGUGCCAGCGGCUACUCGGCGUACACCUCGUAUCCUUCGUAUACGGGCAACUCCUACUACUCGGGCUCUCGACUUGGCUCCGGCCGAAGCUAUACCUAUAACUCUGACAUUAGCUCCAGCUACGCUGCUCCGGUGGCCAGCUCUGGCUACAACUCUGGCUUAGGAUCCGGCUAUAACUCCGGUCUUGGCUCAGACUACGGUGCUUCAUUGGUCGAUUCUGGCUACAAUAGAUAUACAGCUGUGCCCCAGUAUAACACCUAUGCCUCGCCAGCUCUGACAGGCUACUCGGGAUCUGGCUACGCCGGCUCUAGCUACAGCGGUCAGGACACCAAAUAUGCCGCUAAUGGAGGCUAUUUAUAUUAGGAGAUGAGCCAAGCCGUCGCUUGAGGCUGUGUGAGCUAUGUCUUCACAUGAAACGAGUGCUCACUUUAUCUAUAUAUAUAUAUACAUAUAUACGCGUAUCUAUAACUUUUUUUU